AUGGCCAAUGCAAAGGCCCUGAGGCAGGAGAAGCCAUUGUGGACGGAGCUCAGUGGACAUGAGGUCACAGAGGUGGGCGGGGCCAGCCAGGGCCUCGUGGGCCUUGGUUCUUCGCCCCCCGGGCGCGGUCCCCACGUCCCCCCUGGGUCCAUGCCGGUGGCCCUGGGCUCCCCGGGCGCCCCCGCAGCCCCGCCCUGGGCCAACCAGAGCUCUGGCCGCGAGUUCGUCCUGCUGGGCUUCGCGCACGUGCCCGCGCUGCGGCCGCUGCUGGCUGCGCUCUUCCUGGCCGUGCUCCUGCUCGCGCUGCUGGGCAACGCGCUCCUCGUGCUGCUGACCGCCCUGGACCCGGCCCUGCGCGCGCCCAUGUACUUCCUCCUGCGCCAGCUGGCCCUGGUGGAGAUCUGCUUCUCGCUGGACAUCGUGCCCCGGCUGCUGGUGACGCUGCUGCGGCCCGGGCGGGGCGUGUCACCCGCGGGCUGCGCCCUGCAGCUGCUCCUUCUGCUGUCCUGUGUCACGUCCGAGUGCUUCUUCCUGACCGCCAUGGCCUGGGACCGCUACGUGGCCAUCUGCAGGCCCCUGCGCUAUGGCGCCAUCAUGAGCCCACGGCUCUGCCGCCUGCUGGCUGCCACGUGCUGGCUAGGUGGAGUCCCCGUGUCACUGGUCUUCACCAUCUGGCUGUUCCACUUUCCCUUCUGUGGGCCACGUGGCAUCCGCCACUUCUUAUGUGACAUUGCCCCUCUGCUGAGCCUGGUAUGUGGGGACACCAGGGUCUUUGAGGCCAAUGUGUUUGUGGCCACAGUGCUGGUCAUCAUGGUUUCCUUCUGUCUGGUAGCGGCGUCCUACAUUGGAGUCUUAGCCACUGUCCUGCAGAUGCCAUUGGCCACAGGGCGUCACAAGGCCCUGUCCACCUGUGCCUCCCACCUCGUGGUGGUGGUGGUUCUGUUUUACGGCACAACGGGGGUCAUCCACUUGCAGCCCAAGACCAGCUACUCCCCAGAGAGCAAGCAGGUGGUGUCCCUCUCCUACACCCUGGUGACCCCCAUGCUCAACCCUCUCAUCUACAGCCUUCGGAACAAGGAGGUAACUGCACCCGGAUUUGUCUUCGGGAAGCUACAUCUGCCCUAUUCCCUACAAUCUUCUGUCUUUGGCAGUUUGAUUGUAGGGUUCCUCUACGCCCUCACCGUGUAG